GAGAGGCGAAAGGCACGCGUCCAGGCGACGAGGCACUUACAGACACAAAGAAAGAUCGGUAUGUCGGAUGAGGAUUCGCGUGCCAGUACUAGUUCUUCCUCAUCUUCUUCCUCAAAUCAUCAGCAAUUAGGCCUAGAAAAGAACACUCCUAGUAAGAAACGAUCUGAAAGCAAAGGCAGCAUGAGCAAGACCUCCAAACUCAUCUCCACCAGCGCCAAAAGAAUUCAAAAGGAGUUGGCUGACAUAACUUUGGAUCCGCCGCCCAACUGCAGCGCUGGUCCUAAAGGAGACAACAUCUAUGAAUGGAGAUCCACCAUCCUGGGACCACCAGGCUCUGUGUAUGAGGGAGGAGUCUUCUUCCUAGAUAUCGCCUUCACACCAGACUACCCCUUCAAACCACCCAAGGUGACUUUCCGUACCAGGAUCUACCACUGUAACAUCAACAGUCAGGGGGUGAUUUGUCUGGACAUCCUGAAGGACAACUGGAGUCCCGCCCUCACCAUCUCCAAGGUGCUGCUGUCCAUCUGCUCCCUGCUCACUGACUGCAACCCUGCGGACCCUCUGGUAGGAAGCAUCGCAACCCAGUACACAACCAACAGACCAGAGCACGACAGGAUAGCCAAACAGUGGACCAAGAGAUACGCCACAUAGACUGACCAGACUGGAGGACUGGGUUGUAUUCAUUAGGCAUUAAAUUGUUGUUUUCCGUUCAAUGGCCUAAUGCAGGUGUUUUCAAGCGUCUUCUCUGGGACCCCCAGCUAUUCCAUGCAUUUAAACGACUCCCCUGCUAGCAUACUUGAAUGAUCUUGUCACCUGAUUAUACAUUUUUUUUGAAUAUGUGACUCAGGUGAGCUAGUUCAAGGCUACAACAAAAUUGUGAAACGUCUGGGGUUCUAGAGCGUAGAUUUGAAAACCAUUGACCUAAUGAAUAUGACCCUGGGCAACUUGAAAAUAUGUGUGGGGAUGUCAGAGAGCUCCUUCUGGGAUGACUCUGGAACUGUUGGGGCAAGGGAGGGUAGAGAUUAGGGGGGUAUUUUUAUCCUAGAAUUGAAGUCUUCUCUCCUGAUAUUCUGUUGUUUAUUAUGGUCUUUAAGUUAUCUCGGCCCGUAUAUUAUAAUCGAGAUUUUGGCAAUGUUUUUCAAAGUGUUUUCUUCUGUAAAUGAUAUUUUUUCUGCUAACUGUGCUUUUAAUUAAAAUUAUUCUACAUUUGAGUGCUUGUAUAAAGGUGUCUCACACAGCAUGGUUUCCUGGUAGAAUUCCAAAUCUCAUGUCAAUGUGAAUUUUUCACUGAUAUUAAAGAUACCGUUGGUG